AUGGAUCCCUCCGGUUUUGUUCCCAAGCAGGCCAUGGCCUUUGGCAGCGAACUAUUUGAGAUUAUUGGUGGCGACGAGACCCUAAAGAUCGCUCAGUACGAGAUGAAGCUCAUUCCGACUUUCCCUUCGGGCUCGUUUAUUCACGAUGUAGCCUGUGGCCUGGGCCCAGUAACGCAAAGCAUUCUUGCUAACGCGCCGCCCGAGGGCAUCAAGAUUCAAGCCUCUGACGUGUCGCCGGGCAUGGUUGGCAUAUACAACCAGAUUGCAUCGGGCAAAGGUUGGCCAUCACAGGCCGUGGUCAUGGACGCACAAAAGGUGGCGUUCCCGGAUCACACCUUCUCCCACGUCUUCCUGUCCUUUGGCUUGCCCAUCAUUGAGGACCCUGUCGCGGCAGCCUGGGAAAUGUACCGUACCCUCAAGCCGGGCGGCACCGCCGUCACGGCCUUUUGGCUGCAGGUCCCCCAGGGUGAAAGCGCCAUGGCCACGCGCCGGGCACUAUGGGGACCCAACGCGCAGCUCGCCGUCGAACCCAAGCCGGAACACAAGGACCGGGACUACCUCAGGAGCUUGCUCGUCCAGGGAGGCUUCCGACACGAAGACGUCGAGCUGUAUGAAAAAUCGGCGUUCCUACCGGUCAAGGACCUUGAUCAAUUCGCCGUCGCCAUCUGGAGUGCUAUUGGCAAGCCGGUAGGUGGGUGGGAGAAAGAGGAUGAGGAGAAAUGGGACGAGGCGGUCGCCAAGUAUAAAGAGCUGUUGCGGGAAAAGACCGGUUUCAACAUUGCUGAAGAUGGCAGUAUUACGCUAGAGGCCAUUGCUCAAAUCGCCAUUGUCCGCAAGGCCGUUGAGUGA